AUGCAUCAACUCAACAACGGCCGUGAGCACCGAAAAUCCUUCCCAACCAGGGUUAUACAGAAAACUUAUACAUUUGGUUUUGCGCCGCUAGAACUUCUGGGUUUGCACCGACACCGAGUGGGUUUGCGACUGUCUGCGCCUCCUUGCAUCUCCGCCUGCGAGCGACUGCUUCUGCAUCUACUUCUGCCUGCCUGCAUCUACCUCUGCGAGUCACUGCUUUCAUCUCUGCCUUGCCUCCAAUCUUGGAGUCGACACACCCAGAGCAGAGGAGUUAGGAGUUGCUAUGACGAGGGAAAGCGAGUUGCUGAAACUUUGAUGUUUGAUUAUCACAGGCAGCAUGGCAUAGAGAUAAGGAUUGCUAGCCUUCAAGUUGUCUCCUCUAUCAGAGUUAGUAUAUGAGCCGUGUCUUGUUGACAGCCUUUGUGGGGUUG